CAUAUAUACACCCCGCAACUCCUCUCACACACACUCUUUAGCCUCCUCUGUAGCUGUUGCCUCUGCAAGCGAAAAAGCAAAUUAAAGAUUAAAAAAAAUAUAUUCCUCUGCUCAGUUUAAAGAAAGAAAAACAUCUCUUCUUGGGUCUCUCAAAUUUUUCCCUCUUCACUUUGGAAUUGCUUGGUUUCCACUUCUUUUUGUUUCUUCUUCUGCUUUUGCAGGAGAUUGAUUUAUAUUCUCUCUUCCUCUGCUAUGUGAAAUCCCAACAUCAUCCAAUUUUAUGCAAUUUUUCUGCUUUUGUAUCUCUUUGUUUCAUUCAAGGUCAUGAAGGACAUUCUCUUCUGUUUUCACAUGCAUACACACAAGUAGUACAUGUAAUGUAACACACAUAAGCAUAAAAUUUGCAUGACCAAGUCAAUGCACUAAUAUUAUCAAUUUAUCAUCUUCUUUAGAAUCUUCUCUGACCCUGAAGGCCAAUUUCUUCUUCUGAAUCACCGUAACAUAUUUCAAAUUCUUUCUACCCCAAAAGAGGUCUUUGAUUUCUUCUACAUUCUUUGUGAGAAGGAAGAUGGUAGUUACAUAACUGAGGCCUUGUGAACACUGAAAAGUUAACAGUGUAGCAAAAAAAAAUGUCUAAAAAGGUUUUGACAUCAAUGAAGGAUGAAAAUCCAGAUUUGCAGAAGCAAAUUGGGUGCAUCAGUGGGUUUUUUCAGCUGUUUGACCGCCACAGUUUCCUCACAGGUCAAAGCAAUAGCAGCCACAAUCAGAACAUACCAAAUAAUAAAGGUGGAAUCAGCAACCAUAUCAAAGAGGUGAAAAAUACAACUCAAAAGGCAACGGCAAAUAAUGUGAAGGUUGCAAGAGAGAAUCAACAAUUCUCCACUGAAUCAUCAGGAACUUCAAUGACUUCAUCGUCUCGCUCAUCUAGCAUGUCGUCCCUCGAGUUUAAUAGAACAAUUCAGAUAGAGCCACCACCAAUCAAUCAAAUGAAAAUUCCAGAAAACUCUAACUCAGGAGCAGCAAUGAAGCAAGGCAGCCAAGGCCAUCAACCUCUUGAUUUCUAUGAUAUUGUCAAAGAGUCAAUGCAUAGAGAUGUUCAUGGAUUGUCAGUAAAAACUGUAGCUAAAGAGGAAAAGAAGGGUCGUAUCUUGAAAUACAUUGACUCUCCCAGGCCUUUGGAGCCCUCCAAAUUUGUCAAUACAGGAGUUAUGGUUGCUUGGGAUUCACCAAGACUCUCUUAUGAUGGGAGGGACACACAAGAUACAUUCAAAUCCGCUACAAAGCCAAAGGAACUCCCAAGGCUUUCCUUGGACAGCAGACAAGGAUCUAUCAAAAGUUUCAAUGAAGGAACAAAAUCUCGUAGCCUUUUGAAGGGUCCCCAGAAAGGGUAUGGUAGCUCCAGUACAAUGCAGCUGCAGGAACCAGAAACUUCUAGAAGACCAUCCAGUGUUGUAGCAAAGUUAAUGGGACUUGAAGCCUUCCCAGACUGCACAGAAACUUGUGAUACUCCGCCGCGAAUCUCUAGCUGCGCCACCAACAAAAAUGAGACAACCGCAGGACCUAGCACAAAUGAUGAGUACAAGCAACACCAAAGUGCAGCAUCAUCCCAGAGAACAAUCAAGGGGUCUACCUUGCUUCAGUUUAGGAGGGAUGCUUCAAUCAUGAACAUGACGCCAUAUUCACGGUUUUCCCUUGAACCAAUUCCGUGGAGGCAACCUGAAGCAAGCCAAGGUUCUCAAUUACAGGAUUCUAAGAGAAGCGAAUCUUCAGCAAAAGCAUCAAAACUGCCCCUCUCUGUAUAUGGGGAAAUUGAAAAGAGGAUAGCAGAUCUAGAGUUCAAAAAUUCUGGAAAAGAUCUCAGGGCCCUUAAACAGAUUCUUGAUGCAAUGCAGAGAUAUAAAGAAUCAUUGGAUAUUCCAAGAGAUCAGUUGUCUAAUUCUCUAUCUGACAAUAGAAGUAAUAGCAGUCUCAGUGAAAGCAUAAUAGUAAAAAGCCCAAGACUACGGCAGAAGGACCCAACAUCCACCACUGUUGAGAUGUCAAAUUCAACCCAGGGUAGUAAGUCGCCGAUUUUCAUCAUGAAACCAGCAAAAGCUGCAAGAAAAACCAAUAGUCCAGCUUCCACAGAAAUGUCAUUUCAGGGUAAAUCAGGCCCCAGCAAGUUUAGCCCUGCUAACCGCACAAAUGGAAUAAUGGGUGACAAGCUUGACAGGCAAACAGCAAAGGGUAUUGGUCCAGCAAUCACACAUGCCACAGAUCCCAUCAGCCAACCCUUUCACUCAGUGAAUAAGAGUAAUAAGAAGAGAACUUCAAAAUUGAUGCAAUCCUCAAAAGUUCGUCAAGUAAUCAAUGGAGAAAAUGCCACCAACUCCAGCAAUACAGCAGAAGCCAAGAGCCCAAGACUACAAAAGAAGUUUGGUUUGGAGAGGCGUUCUCCGCCAACUAGCCCAUCAUCAGAUUUGAGCAGUAACAGAAGACAACAGAAUAGGCAAUCAGUGGAAUUGUCUUCCCCAAGUACAACACCCAGACAAAAAUUCAGUGAGAUUAGCAAUCAAAGGAGGGAUUUUAAGCAUGAAGUUGACCUAGAAGUCAUUCACAUUGAUCAUUCUGAUAGGAUCAAUGGCAACACCAUCCAGCUAAAGGGCAUUAACCAAAAUAAUGCUGCAGAAGAGUUGAGUAAGGAAAGCUUUAUGGCUGAGAAAACAAUUACAGCAGAACAGCCAAGCCCUGUGUCUGUUCUAGAUGCUUCUUUCUACAGAGAAGAACCACCUUCUCCAGUUAAAAAGAAAUCAGACAUCUCAAAAGAUUUAGAUGAUGCUCUGAACACUUAUGAUAGUAGUGAGGAGAACUCAGAAGAUCUUCCACUUUCAUCCAACACUACAAAAGCCAACUUCAGCAGUGAUACUGACUUGAGAACUCAAAAUUUGGUCGAAAUUCUCCAACAAAUUGACAACAGUGAUGAGAGAUUCACCAAUUUCAGAGACAAUAAAGAUCCUGAUCAUAGAUAUAUAUCAGAAAUACUGUUAGCAUCGGGGCUGCUCAGCAGUCCAAGCUCUAGCCAGGUUUUUCAUUCAUCAAGUUACCCAAUAAACCCAAAGUUGUUCCUUGCACUGGAGCAAAUCAAGACAAACAAGAUGUGUUUCAACAUUGAACAUAAUGCCAAGAAUAUUGCUGGGCUGAAUAGUCCUGAGCAAAUGCAAAGAAAGCUAAUAUUUGAUGUUGUUAAUGACAUUCUAGCUCAGAAAAUAGUAUUGGAAAGUUCUACUCUGUGGCGCCAACCAAAUCAGCAAGCAGGUAGAAAACUAAGUGGACAGCUGCUUUUGGAUGAGCUUUGCACAGAAAUUGAUAAGUUGCAACAUAAAAAUACAAAUGUCAACCUGGCUGAUGAGAAUGAGAAUUUGACAAGUCUCCUGUGGGAAGAGUUGAUGCACUGUCCCACAAUUUACACAAACAGUUACAGUGAAAUACCAAAUGUCGUGUUGGAUAUUGAACGGUUGAUCUUCAAAGAUUUGAUAACUGAAGUUGUGAGAAGUGAACUAGCUAACCAUUCUGGUAAGCAUUGCAGACAACUGCUGCUUUCCAAGUAGGACUUCUCGUUAAUCAGUUAAAGAAAUAAUUUUAAGUCUUAAUCUGUCAACUUUCUUUUCUACCUAUACUUAUACUUUGAGGAGGGGGGAAAUAAGCUAAUUAAUAGACAUUUUAAAUUGUAUUUCGUAUCUAAACUUGUGAGCAUUAAUGUCUACAAUCAUCUUUUUUGCAUGUAUUUAUAGUGUAUGUUGAAGAAAUACAUGUAGAAAUGCAGAUAAAUGUAUAUAUCAAUGACAUGAUCUUUUUAAGUUCAACUAUAGGUGUCUUAAAUUCAUCAGAGUAAGAUGCCCUUUUAUAUAUCUCUACAGUCAUAUUCAUAUCAUUGUAUGCCAUUUGAAGAUGUAGUUAAUAUUCAUAAACCAGCUCA